CCAUCAAUUAACUCGUGAAAAUGUUCUAUUUGAUUUGAAACGAAUUAAAUGUCAACAGUUAACUUGGUGGUAAAUAUAAGAGAAUAAUUGAUUGUUCAGAGAAAAGAGAAAACAAAAAUAAAUCAAAUUGGAAAAAGAAAAAUUGAAAAAUUUUGUACAAUUAUAAUUUAACGAUAACUGAUUAGUGAUAAUACUCUUAGAUCAUGACAACAAUACCCGAGCCAAUCGCUCCUGUUGAUAAAUCAUGUUUUGCCUUUCACACAAUCAGUGAAAGAUUACCCGAAAUUCUGGUUAAAGGAUUGGACUAUUUUCGACGAGCAUAUUCAUCCUUUAUUACGGUCCAACAUUUGAAUCUUAAUCAGGAAGAGAAGGUUAAUAUUGAAGAAGAAGCAAAAUCAAUAUUAGGACAAUUCUCAAAGUUACGAUAUGAGAUGAUGACCGAUAAACAAUUAAUCCUAUUAGAUGAUAAUGGUGAUGAUAUUUCAAUUUGGAAUCGAUAUUUUAAUUCAUGGACUGAGAAACUUGGAUCAUGUCCAACAUAUUAUUCAAUUCCAUGGCUUUACUCUGAAUGUUACAUGUACCGACGAGUACGUGAAAUUUUUGCUCGAAGUAAAUAUUUCACUAAAUUCGAUCCAUUUUUUGAACAAAAGCGAAAUGCCCUGAAACAAUCAAUGAAGGCAACAAUCAUGUUAGGUGAAUAUGUUUCUCGAUUGAAAGUCUCAUCGGAAUCGUUAAAAGAUGAAACAAUUAAAAUGUUUGAAAUUUCGCUUUGGGGCAAUAAAUGUGACCUUUCACUGACCGCUGGUGAAGAUUGUUCUCAAACCUCUAGUCCGUUGGACGAUCUGUCCAAAAUCCGACCUAAUAUACUCAUUAAUGAUAGUGAACACUUAUGGUCAUCAAUCAAGAAUCUGAUCUCAUCUUCAUCUUCAAAACCUUGUCUCGAUAUUGUUUUGGACAAUGCUGGCUUCGAACUGUUUACCGAUCUAUGUUUAGUUGAAUUUCUUCACUCAUCUGGCCUUUUACCUGUCGAUAAAUGUACAGUUCGUUGGUACGUUAAAACUAUCCCAUGGUUUGUUUCCGAUGCUCUAAGAUACGAUUUCCUUUGGACAAUUGACCAUCUGAUCGAGUGUAAAGAAUCACCUUUACUUCAAUCAUUAGGCAACAAGUGGAAAGGUUAUAUUACCAACGGAACUUGGAUGAUUGUUGAAGAUCAAUUUUGGACUCUUCCGUACGAUUUUUCGAGCAUGAGAACUGUCAGUCCAUCUUUGUACUCACAAUUAUCACAGGCUAAACUUUUAAUUUUUAAAGGUGAUCUUAACUAUCGUAAACUUGUCGGCGAUUUAGCCUGGGAAAAUACAACUCCCUUCGAGGUCGCUCUUCGAGGUUUCCAUCCCACUGAUCUUUGUACACUUCGAUCAAUUAAAGCUGAAGUUUGUGUUGGAUUUAAAGACGAGUCCCAAUGGUCAUCAUUACCUGGCGAUUGGAUGAGAUCUUCUGAUUUCGCUGUUAUUCAAUAUUUAGCUAAAAAAAGCUAAAAUCGCAAUUAAACAAUUGAUCAGCUAAUCAAUUGAUCUUUUAAUUGUUCAAUAGCUUUGUUAAAACAAAUCAUAGUUAAAUGAUUAACUCAAUCAAACUGCCUUAAACUUUAGCUCUUCAUCAAAAGUGUACUAUUAAUAAAUUAACUAAUGAUCUAAUUGUGUAACAAUUAA